AUGCUGCCGCGUCGCCAUGGAUCCUCGGGCUACCGUGGCGUCCGUGGGCGCCGCUCCAGCGUCUACUACGCCAAGAUCAGGUCCGGCGACGUCCGCCUCGGCCUCGGCACCUUUAAAACCUCGCACGAGGCCGCACGUGCGUACGACGCGGCGGCGUGGCGCCUAGGAAGGCCUCGUGCGCAGAUGAACUUUCAGGAUGUCUACACACGCAAGCAGACGCAGAACCUCGCCCCUCCGCCUCGUCUGAUAACAGACCAGGACCGUGAGGAGCACCGUCAGCGGCAGCGUCGGCUCCUUAUCGUCGAGGAGGAUGAGCGAACCAUGGCGGAGUGGCGCCGGCGCCACCCGGAGGACGUCGCCGCUGAGAACGCCUUCUGGGCGGAGAGGACGACAAGGCGUCGCGAGGAGCGGGACAACAGGCGCCGAUGCAAGUUACUCGUUAUAUCUCAGUGCGUGGUCGUCAACAACGGUGGGACGUCCAUCUUCACUUCUGAUAAUGAACGUUGGGAGGACGCAUGGCUAUCUACCUCGAACAGUAGCUACAGUGACGACUCGGAGUAG